AUGUAUGCAGGCAUCAUCGUGCACAAGCGUGUUUGCAGCAUCAUGCCAGUUUGCUUGAACGCGUUUGCGGCUUCGUCCAGACCCUUUCUCGCCGUGCAACGUGUUAAAGAAUCCAACUUCCGGCAGGUUUUUUGGAUCAUGUUUACAGGUUUGUCGUCUGCUGUCAUCAUGUCUGCCCGAGACGAAAGACGACAUUUUAUAGAAAGAAUUUGUAGUAUUACUACUGAUAUUGAUCGUGCUUUUCGGCAAGCUUCGUUUGAAUCAUUGGAGGCUAGAACGGUCAAACAGAUUCUGCUCUCCGUCAGAAUAGUUGCGACAUUUCCUAACUACGAUGAUAAUGAUGGAGAAGCGCGUACUUUUGCUACUACAAAGAGUACGACUUUCUAUACAAGCCAGAAUGGAGUCAAUUACUGCAGAAGGACGAUUUCAAGUGCAAUCAGGUGUAACUUGAUACUUUGAUUAAUCUUGUUUUGAUUCUUCAAUUUGUAAU